UCAAGUGCCGGAAUCAUCAGAUCUAGUUCUAGAUUUCCCACUAUCCACCGUGAGAAAGAAUUCUAUAAGAUCACAUCACCAUCCACACAGUCAACUGCCGCCAUUGCAGUCAGUCACUAUGUCUUCCGACGAUCAGAACAACAACAACAACGCCCCCAACACCAACAACGACGUCAACGGUCCAAACGACAUGUCUCGCAACCGUCGUGCCUCUGUUUCUUCAACUGCCUUCACCAACCUCUUUCAACGCAGCAACUCUACAUCUGCCGGGACGCCAGCACUCCCCGGCCCCAUCGCCACAGCCAUGAAUGACCACCGUCGAAGGUUGUCGGUCUCUACAAUCGGUCUCUCUGGCACCUCCCCUACAACCAUGGCGACACCCUUUGGGCUUCGUCGCGGGAGCUUGUCCACCAACGGCUCCGAGUCUAUUGAUGAGAGUGCUAUUGAUGAAGACGAGGUUGGCGCCCCCAACUCCAGGACGGCCCCUGCUACUCCCUUUACGCGGCGGAUGAGUUUUGGUACGCAGGCGAUGCGUAACAUGCGAACCGGAAGGGGCACCAGCCCCGGCACCAAUGACCAAGGCUUCAACUGGUCUGAGCAGUUUAGGUCCCGCGCUGAAAGCACAGUUACUGGCUCGAGGCCGCAGUUCUCGUUCGGUUCUAGCGUGGGAACGUCCCCGCCACGCCCUGGCGGUGUAGGUCCCCAGCAUGACCGUGCCAAGUCCAUCUCCGAGAUGCCGGCGCCUCCCGCGCAGACGCCACAGGCUAGGUCGGAACCUCGGAAGCCAGAUGCGUUCCAGGAGCGUAUUCUCAAAGGAGAUUUCUACAUGGACUGAGUGCUCCAUGUGAUCCCCUCCUGGCUUGAGCCACGAUCGAGCCAAAAUGGUCACACCCAACCACAACGUCGGAAGAGAAGCGCCUUCUCUUUCAGAUGCCCCCGAGCCGAGUUUGAGAGUCCGCUGAGACAUUAGCCUAACUUGAACGACAAUACGGAAUACGCCUCGUGCCAUCUACGAGGGCCAAAUGGAAUCGUGUCGGGGUUUGCUUUUUCCCCCCCUGACACGGCCGCCCCGUUCACAAAUUCCUCAACAAAUAUGCCGAAUUAUCCACAGCCUCAAGUGCGGUGGGCUGGACGGAUUGUAUGAUUUGGUCUAUUGGGCUGUUCCUUGUACCUGAAUUCAGUUGUCCGGAACGCCGGAUUUUAGCCACUUUUGAUAACUAUGGGUCGUACGUUCUUCCUGGCCAUCAUCGCAAGAGGGCCAAAUGAGUAUUGGAAGUCAACUACGGUCACGAACAUGAUUGGUAGAAACAUAUUAGGAAAGAGAUGUCGACCAUCUCUGGAUGAGACGAAUCAAUGGGAUUACGGAUGAAAUGAACAAACAAGACAGAAUGAAUAAAAAGUAUGACCAGACAAACCCAAGGCCCCAGCACAGUUUCCUUGCCUUGACAUGUAAUACUUGGUUUAUGAAUGGAAGACUCGUGCGGGGUCGCU